AUGGUGAUGGGAGGUUCAGUGAAGGGUGUGAGGAGAGUUAAAGAAGAAUCAAGACCCUGCUUCUCCCUCCUCCACGACCCUGAUAUCUCCUCUCAAGUCUCAUCCCUCCUCCGUCUCCCCGACUCCGGUGCAGGUGACAACAGUCUCUGCCGUUGGUUCUAUGACACCUUCCAAUCCUCAGAGCCCCAACUCCAGCUUGUCGUCUUACGUUUCCUUCCUAUCAUUGCUGGCCUUUAUCUAUCCCGCGUUGCCCUAAAAAAAACAUUGGCUGGUUUUGAGGCAGUUUUGUUAGCCCUUCAUGCGCAUGAAACCACCUCACGCGCAGGCCAUGCUAUGAAUGUUAACGUGCCUGAUUUAUCAUAUUCAAGUAUAUAUCAUGAAACAAAAGAGCCUGCAAAGGAUAAUAAGGCUGCAGAAUUAAACCUAGCUGUGAUAUCUCCAAGUUUGGAGCCUCAUGUUACGGUGAGAUCAACAAAAAGGGCAAGAAUUGUUGGGGUUGCAUUAGAGUUAUAUUAUAGUAAGAUCUCUCUGAUGCCUGUGGGGUCUAAGAUUGAUUUUUUUUAAUUUUUAAAGAUUUGGUCUAGUCAAGAUGAUGAUACGAGUGAAGACUGUCAGACUCAGGAUGAUCAAGAAAGUGUUGGCAAAGAGAGUGAUACUAAGGAAGGGAGGAUUCCUUUGCCAUAGGAGAUCUUGCAACCUGUUUUGAGGAUAUUAGGACAUUGCCUCUUGGGCCUGAAAAAGACAGAAUUGAAGGGGGAAGCUUGUGCAGCAUGUAGAAGUUUGUAUUCAAGGUCUUUGCAUGAUAUCAAUCCUCAGGCAAUUUUAGCUACUAGGGGCCUUCUUAGGCUUAGUGAGAAGACCUUGGAUCCAAAGAAUAGUGUUGAUCAUACUGAGAUACCAAUGAAUAAUGUUAUCGCGCUCUAA